GGUCGUCCAGGCAGCACAUGCGGGCCCACGCUGAACUUUGAUCAGUUGAGCGCGUUGACGUGACAGUGAACUAGUGAUAAAGGAUAUGCUGUGUUUAUUGUAGGAAGCAGUGAAAUUGAUAUGCCCAGUGCUUUUUUCCUUUUCUUUACCGGGCCGUUGGCGAAAAUGAAGCGAAGAGCUUCGGCUAGAAUGCCCUGUGUUUUCCCGUGGAAACACGACUGUCCGCGCUACGUUUGGAGGAGCAAGGCCUUCCUUGCGCCUUGCAAGUUCCGACACGCAAGUCUGAUACUAUAAUGCUCUCAAUAACUUGGUUCGAAAGUAUAUAACUUGAGAAUCAAUUAAGUGAAGGAAUUAAUGAGUGACACCCCCGAGGAAUGUAAAAGAUAAACGUUGGUUGUGGAAUGGGCGUGACAGGCGGCGAGCGAGUCUUGGUGCCCAGUCAAGGGUGGCCACGAGAGGCCACGACUUCCAAGGCCCGGAGGCAGCCCUCGGGCCUCGCCUCCCGUGGCCUCGUUUGGGGAGGGGCUUAGGAAAAGGCCAUUGCUAAUCUACUUUAUCUGAGAAUUAGGAAGUUGGCCCAUUUUUCUUUUGCAGCAGACAAGUUGAGGUUAUGAACCUUUUUUCCUUGGGUUGUAGGUAAAAAAAAAAAAAAAAAAAAAAUGAGAUGCUUAGGAGACCCAUGCAUUGGCUUUCAAAUUGUAACCUUUUUUGUAAUAUCAUUGGCUGUGUUCUAUCCCACGCAUUGUCAGGUGGUCACUAGUGACCUCCGAAAGCAAAGACCAGCAAACCUCUGCCAGGUAUAUUCUGGUUUGAUGGCAAUCACAUCAUUAAGAAUAUUUUCAUGUAAAUGUGUUUAAUGAUUUUGAAUAUUAUUUUGCCACAUGGCAAUAAAAGAUACAAAACAUAAAGUUACUCUAAGGAGGAGACUGCAAGCAAAUACUUUUUUUUUUGUUGCCUUGUGCCUAGGGGUCUUCCAGUUCAAUGGAAAAUGAAAAGGUGUUGAUUCACCAUGGUUGAAGAUUAAUCAAAAUGAUGUUUGCAUAUUGUAGAAAUGGCCUUAAGCUGCAAGCUUAAGAAAAGGAGCAUUGCAUGGAUUAUUUGACAAAAGUGAUUGACGAUGGAAAGUGACAAGGAAAAUGAAGAUGGUGAACUGCCAGACAUUCCUGUGCCCGAGUGGAUCAGUCAGAGGCAGAAGACAAAACUGAAGAAGCAAGAGCAAGAAAGACUUCAUGCCUCUGUUGAGAGGGGCCCGAGGGCUGGGGCAAGUAGCCUUGUGGGGAGGCCUCCUGUGUGGGGGCUCCCUUCAGAAGCACCUUGUAUUGUGCUGAAUGAUGAUGAUGAGGAUUUACCUGAUAUCUUCAUGAAUGGGGAAGAUUCAGAUGUAGAAGUCAUAGAAGAUACAUCAUCAAGUGGUUAUUGCACUGAGGGCCUAUCAGAGGUCCGUGCAAAACGUGAUUGUGAAGAUGAUGUUGAAGUGCUCAGAGUACUUUCAACAUCAAAUAGAGUUGAAUCAUCUGAUAUUCAGAUUUUGAAUGAGAAAGCAAGAAGCCUGCCAGUUAAACAUUUGCCUUCAAAAGAAUCGGGCAUUGAGGUUGUUGCUAUUGCAAGUGAGAAAACGUUGAUCAGGAAGCAUCAAGGUCCACUUCGAAAAAAUAAAGGAAUAUUGAAGGAGCCUCACUCAGCUGAAAGCAACAAAAGAAGGUUGGAGGAGCCCUUCCUUCCCCCUUCCAAAAAGAGGAACAGUGGAAGGCCACGAGCCCCAAGGGGAAUGGCGAGCUUUUUCAGGUAUUUGGGUGGCCUGAGCCAACUAGUGCAAGGCAGAGAUGAUUUCUUCCAGAAAGUGAGAUGCCCCAUGCACAACGAGAUGACUAUAGGCAGUGCAUUAUGUCAGCUUUGCAAUUGGCCUGUGAGUCUAGAAUUGGCAUUCACAAAUUUAGACAUACAGAAGAGGAUGUACAGGCUUUGCAGACAGUCUGACAAGAAGAUUCGUGAGCUGAUUGAGGCACCCUUUUGCCUCACUGUUGAGGACAGGGAAUGGCUGUAUAUUAAAUCCAUGGGUAAUUCAUUGUGGAUGCAGAUGGGGAUGCAGGUCAACCCUUUGAUGCUGGCACAACCGGCAGCUGAGGAAGAUGUGGAGGAGGACGAUGGCAUGGGUGUUGCGGAAACCUACUCAGACUACAUGCCUUCAAAGUUGAAGGUUGGCAUCAAGCAUCCAGACCAGGUGGUGGAGACAGCGUCAAUGUCCUCAGUAGAACCUCCUGACGUUUGGUACAAAAUGGAUAUUCCUGAUACAACCAUUGACACAGGCAAACUUUCGGCCCUGCAGUUGGAGAGUAUCACAUAUGCCUCUCAGCAGCACGAGCACUUCCUACCAGAUGGGACACGUUCUGGCUUUCUCAUUGGUGAUGGUGCUGGUGUGGGCAAGGGCCGUACUAUUGGAGGGAUAAUCUAUGAGAACUACCUAAAGGGGCGAAAGAAGUCCAUAUGGGUGUCAGUGUCAAAUGACUUAAAGUACGAUGCUGAACGGGACUUGAAGGAUAUUGGUGCGGGCCACAUCCAGGUUCACUUCCUCAGCAAAAUGAAAUAUGGAAAAAUCAACUCUGACCUCAAUGGUAAUGUAAAGAAGGGCGUCCUCUUUGCCACCUAUUCAGCUUUGAUCGGAGAGUCUUCAAGUGGCCAAGGAAAAUACAAGAGCCGUUUAAAGCAGAUUCUGAACUGGUGCGGCGAUGAUUUUGAUGGUGUUAUUGUGUUUGAUGAAUGCCAUCGUGCCAAGAACCUCUGCCCGGUGGGCUCUGGAAAGCCAACCAAGACAGGUUUAACUGUCUUAGAACUCCAGAACAGAUUACCCAAAGCGCGUGUGGUGUAUGCAUCUGCUACUGGAGCAUCUGAACCAAAGAAUAUGGCAUACAUGGUCCGUGUUGGAAUCUGGGGCAAGGGAACUCCGUUCCCCGAAUUCACAGAUUUCAUCAGUGCUGUUGAAAAGAGGGGUGUUGGUGCUAUGGAGAUCGUGGCUAUGGACAUGAAACUCCGUGGCAUGUACAUUGCCCGACAACUAAGCUUCCAUGGAGUAUCCUUCAGAAUAGAAGAAGUUCCUUUGGAGGAAGAUAUCAAGCUAGUGUAUGAUGACUCUGUCAAAUUGUGGGUGGAUGCCCGUCAGAAGUUCCAGGAGGCAUCAGAGCUGAUCAAUGCAGAGAAGGGGAUGAAGAAAUCCAUGUGGGGUCAGUUCUGGUCUUCACAUCAGCGUUUCUUCAAGUAUUUGUGCAUUGCUGCAAAGGUGGACCAUGCAGUGCGACUAGCUCGUGAGGCUGUCAAAACAAACAGAUGUGUAGUCAUUGGCUUACAGUCGACCGGAGAAGCAAGAACUAUAGAACAAUUGGAAAAAGAUGAUGGGGAACUCUCAGAUUUUGUUUCAACUGCAAGAGGAGUCCUGGAGUCUUUAGUGGAGAAACACUUCCCAGCACCUGACCGCAAUCGCAUCAACAAGAUUCUUGGAAUCUCAGAAACCAGUAAAGAAUUCAAGGAUAUUAUUAAUGAAGUCACAGGGAAGACUUCAAAAAGGAAACCAGUACGACAAGCGGCACAGAGAGCAGCAAAAAGAAGGUACAAGGACAUCCACUCCGAUAAUGAAGAAGACUCUGACUUUGAGAUGUCAGGAGAGAGUGGAGGGGAAGAGGAGGAGGAUGAUGCCUACUCAUCAGAUCAGUCCUCUGAUUUCUCCGACAUAAGUGACUUUGAUGAUGAAGACAGUUGGGGCCGCCCGAAGAAGAGAGGGAAAGCCAAGAACCACAAGCAGAAGAAUGGCAAGGGACGGGCAGAAAAUGGAGCCAAACUCCCGCCUCCCCCCAGGGACCAUGUGGAAAGAGCCCAGAAGAUGAAGUCAGAUCUCCUUAAGAAUAUAACCAACCUUGGCAGAAAGCUGCCUCCAAAUACGCUAGACCAGCUGAUUGAUGAGCUUGGGGGCCCAGAAAACGUGGCGGAGAUGACGGGGCGCAAGGGGCGUGUAGUACAAAGUGACGAUGGGCAGGUCAUAUACGAGUCCAGAUCUGAAGCGGAUAUUCCACUGGAGAUUCUAAAUAUCAAGGAAAAAGAGAGGUUCAUGAAUUCAGAAAAAGAUAUAGCUAUCAUCUCAGAGGCUGCUAGCUCAGGUAUUUCACUUCAGAGUGAUCGCAGAGUGAAAAACCAGAGAAGAAGAGUUCACAUAACACUUGAACUUCCUUGGUCGGCAGACAGAGCUAUUCAACAGUUUGGUCGAACACACAGAAGUAACCAAGUAAAUGCACCCGAAUAUAUUUUCUUGAUAUCUGAACUUGCUGGAGAACGCCGAUUUGCCUCCAUUGUUGCAAAGAGAUUAGAGAGUUUGGGAGCCUUAACACAUGGAGAUCGAAGAGCCACAGAAUCACGUGAUCUCUCCUCCUUCAAUAUUGACAACAAAUAUGGCCGCAUGGCACUGGAGUCAGCCAUGAAGACCAUGAUGGGCUAUGAGCACCCUAUUGUCCCCCCACCUGAGGACUACAAGGGAGACUUCUUUGCAGAUAUACAGAAUGCUCUUGUCGGAGUGGGUAUGAUCCUAAGAGAAGACAGCAUUUAUCAGCUGGAUAAGGACUAUAACAACUUGAGUAAAUUCCUUAAUAGGAUAUUGGGAAUGCCAGUAGAGCUACAAAAUAGGUUAUUUAAAUAUUUCACAGACACAUUAGCUGCAAUUAUUAGUCAAGCCAAGCGGACAGGCAAAUAUGAUAUGGGUAUCCUUGAUUUGGGGGUUGGUGGGGAGGGCUGCAAGAGAACGAAAACUAAAACGUGGAUAGGAAAGCAUGCUACAGGAACAGCGAAGACUGAGAUCCACACUGUGUUAGUGGAGCGUGGCAUGUCGUGGGCAGAAGUGCAGGAAAAAUGGGCGGAACUGAGCGGGGACUUGGAAGGAUUCUACCUCUCCCACCAGGUUCGGAAUAACAAGAAGACUGCUGUGCUUGCUGUUUUAGAACCCUCAGCCACUAAUAAGAAGCGUGAGAAGAAUUCCAGAAUGUUCAUACUUUACCGGCCCAACACAGGAAUGCAAAUGAAACAGGAGGCUUUUUCGGAGCUGAAGAAGAAGUACAAGAAGGUGACACCAGACGAGGCACAAGAACACUGGGAGGAGCAGUUCAAGGCCUCUAGUCACACCUGUUCACAUGCCUACUGGCAAGGUAACUGUCGGCGGGUGAACAGUGGACUGGAAUGCGAGAUAGGCUUGCGUCGACGCACUUACCACAUAUUGUGUGGAUUGGUGCUAAAUGUUUGGGCAAAAGUGGAAGAUGUUCUGGCCUCAGCACCACACAGUCACUCUUCUACUAAGAUGCAGGUUGUACGUCUGAAAACGCACGAGGGAACAAAGCUUGUUGGGACCCUCAUUCCAAAUAACUUGGUUGAGAGGCUUUCUGCUGUCUUGGAAGAGGAUAGCACAGAGUCUUAUGAAGAGAACUUUACUGAUGAAGACAGUAAAGACAGCAAGGAUGAAAAAUAAUAGAAGUUUGAACUUAUGAGGACAAAUGUUGAUUUCUCAGUAAGGGAUAGUAGUAAAGGAAGACAGUAGUUGGUCUUCAAAGAAAGGAUGUUUAAGCUAAGUGCUGUAUGCAGAUGCAGAGUUUUUCUAUGGGUUAGCACGGAUUCAUCAUGUUUAGGAGAAAAUGUUGAAUUUGUGCAUUCUGCAACUGCUUAUGAGCUUCUAAGCUGUUCCUUAUACUGAUCCUUUGGUAAUGUGAAAUGCACUGCAUUGACAAUAUAUUCAUAUCAGUGAUCAGUGUUAAAUGUUGAACAUGGUCAGCCAAAGGAUUGCUAGGAGACGUCACAAGCGAUCAUACACAGGUGUAGAGCAGAGCAAUGUCUUUACUAAUUGAGUUAAUUGUAUAUGAAUUAACAUAGUUCAGGCCAGCAAUCCUCAUGCUGCAGGAGUUUAUACCUAGUGACAUUGGUAUAUAUUUUCUAAUGUGACCUUAGGCACUAAAGAGAUUGCUGUACUCUUCCCCCAAGAUAUUGUGCUUGAAGUCACUUCUUGAGUCAUCAAAGUGAGCUUAUGUAUAAUACUGCAGUGUUGAAAUUUGAGUUGCGGUUGGCCAGUUGGCAUAUGUAAGCAAAACUGCAAAGAGGAUGGCUGUUGUCCUUAAAUUUGUCAAGUGAUAUUUUCAGGUGUACUCCUUACUGAAGGAGUCUUGGUGGCAAUUAAUGGGGAUAUAAGUAGUGUACCUGCUGUAAAGCCAAGAAACAUUUUAGGAAAUGCAGAGAUUCUGUAGUUAUCAAUAUAGUGGAAAACUGUAGAUUUUUCAUAGAUUUUGGCACCAGAUAAUUUGCAUUUUGUGUAUUUAAGUGUGCACAAAUUACUGUAUGUUGCCUUUCAAGAUUACAAUCUUGAACCAUAUGAUUCAUAUUCUAUCCUUUAGAUUUAUUUAGCCCUAUGAUCAUGUUGCACCUUGGUAGUGUCCUGAUCAACUGAUUGACAUACUUAUUAACUGAACAAGGUCAUAUGAUUUACAGCUUCACGUAGCUCAGUUGAAGGCUAAAAAUUGAUGUACAUAUGAUUUUCUUUGUCAUACUAUAUUUAUUGUAUGAACAUGAAGCUGUUCCCUGAUUUAUAUUGGUAGAUUUGAUGUGUUGUGGAAGAAUGUACGUUGUAAAAUUUAUGUCUGUAAGAUAACCUUCAUAAUUUAGAUUUACACCAAUAGCAUUAUAGGGGUAUAGCUUUUCAGUACUAGUUUCUUCUAGAAAAUUUGCAUGUAGGAUUAAAAUUAAUUUGAUGAAACUGAGGAUCAUUUAAUAGAUAGGCAUUAGCAGUAAAAAAAAGAAUUAAAAAGAAAAAAACAAAGUAAAAUAGGUAAGAAGGAUAGAGGACAUGGGCAGCAGGUACUCCUAAUCAAUUUACAGGGCAUUUUCCAAAGUAUUGUACAACGUGAUCUCGUAUGACCUGAACACACAUUUAUGGCCAAAAUUCUGCAGUUUUGCAUGAGGUUAAAAUGUAUUUCAUUGAUAUAAAUAUGACAGUAUUUUCCAGAAAAUGUAGUCUUUACUUUCAACCUUCAUAUUUCCUUCUUAGUAUGUGACUAUUCAGCAAUUUUGAAUAUUUGUUCAGCUUCAUGUAAGGCCACAGAGUUCAGGACAGUGUUUACGGUGCCGAUGGGCACAGUGUAGAUAGUACAAGUGGUUUCACAAAGCAGUCAUCAACAGGAGGGCAUAAGGUCCAGUUCUGUUUUUUUCUUUUGUUUUGUCUUUUGUCUUUUUACAAGCAAUCUUAAUGGAUAUUUAUUUUAUUUAUUCAGUUAUCUCUUAUUAUACUUACUUAAUCAUUUUCAUGGUAAGCAGUUACAGCUGUGUUGUGCAUUAUUUAGGAAUAUCAUUUGAAUUGGAAAGGAAAACUAGAAUUGUAAAAAAAAAUAUGUGAAUUAAGUGCAGGAUGUAAGUUUUUAUUUGGGAAACUUGGAAUGCAAGCAUCUUACAUGACAUAGAACCCUCCUGCUGAUGAUAGCAAUAUUUGGUGUUCUUCCAUGUGAGUCAUUGUGGUUAGGUCAGUCAUGCCAUUCAUACCAUACAGUAGUCACAUUUCUUCACCAAGUGGGUAUUUUAGAUCUAUUAAUUUUGUAUGCUUUUGCUUGUAUGUUGCCCCCUGCAAAGUAUUUUUUUUUCUCUGUCAGGAACAGAUUUUAAGUAUCUGAGUUAGCUGUAACAGAAGCAGCUGACUUCCAAGGUUAAUUGUUAUUGAUAUAGGAAUCAAGUACUGUGGUGUCAGGAACAAGCCAGCUGGUACUAGGAAUAGGUUUUCUGUUAAGAUCUCAUUAAUAGGCACACACCUCCCCCUUCAACUCCAUUUUACAAUGCAUCAUGCUGUACAUUGUAUACGACAUGCCCUCAUCAGAAGUCUAAACAUCGGGAGCAUUUGGUUGACAGAGAAUUUUUAAAAUGUUAUUUUAAUAAUCUUUCUUUCUAUACUUUUUUUUUUUAAGGAAAUUUGACCAUGGCCUUCUGUUAAACAGGUGUUCCCUUUCAACCAAAUGCAAGGAAAAGAAUAAAUAGUACCAAUUGUAGUACUGUACUUACAAUGUAUUGUACCAAACUGUUAAGGGAAUAUGUAGCAGUCAAUUAUACUUGGAUAUUUGUUUA